GGCGCAGUCUAGUGUUGCUGGAAGCGCGGUCUGUGGUGCUGAACCGCCUCAAAGCGUCCCCUCGUUGUUGAGGGGACCUUGUGUCCAUUCACAAGUUUACGAUAGGCUACAGUAUAUGAUACAAAACGAGUUUAUAUAAGACAGACUAUCACACUUGAAUUGGUAUAAGCGUUGGAUUUUGAAGAAGCGACGUUUCAAAUCCUUGGAGAAAAUCGAAGAUACGGCAUGAGAAGGCUCUGAGAUUUCAUUUGGACACCGCGAUUUGGGAAGUCUUCAACCGUAUUUUAAUGAGAUGGUUACCCAAACGAACAUGGGAUUAAUGUUGACAUGAACGUUUCGGGAGGUGUUGAUAAAAUGUUGGUGAAUAUGAUCUCUUUUUCCCAUACCUUAAAGUUUAUUGACCUACUCUAAAUACUUGGAUGAUUCCUGAUUGGAAUAGUGGUCAAUUAUGCUAUAAAUAGAACGUAUUCGCUAGCCUUCACGUGGGAACUUGAAGACCGGGCAUCUAGCUUUACAUUUAGAUCUACUAUACAUCUGGAAAGAAUAUAACCAAGCCAUGUCUCGUCUCCUGGUGUCAGUGAACUGCGCUGUCCUGUUGCUCUUUGCUAGCGACAUGUUUUCGGUGGGGGCAAAUCGACCACCUGCCCCGGUCAAUGUUUCGGUGAUGCAUCUGAGGGCCGACUCUGCCACUGUGUCCUGGGAGGUACCGGAAGGCGAUGUCAUCAUCGGCUUCUCCAUCUCACAGCAGAGGCAAGAGGGCCAUACCCAGCGCUUCAUCAGGGAGGUGAACACCACAAGUCGGAGCUGUGUUCUGUGGGACCUGGAGGAGGAGACGGAUUACGUCAUUCAGGUCCAGUCCAUUGGUCUUUACGGAGAGAGCCAAGCCAGCAAGAAGGUCCACUUCAGAACAUUAAAGAAGUCUGAUCGCUUCCCCUCCAACAGCUCCAACCAAGACGACCCUGCGGUGGAGGGCGUGGAUAAAUCCCGGCAGCUGCAGACGGGGGAAGUGAUCAUCAUUGUGGUGGUGCUGCUCAUGUGGGCAGCUGUCAUUGCCCUGUUCUGUCGGCAAUAUGACAUCAUCAAGGACAACGACUCCAGCAGCAGUAAAGACAAGGUCAAACCAUCGUCGUUGGCAAGCACACCAGAACACUGCUCCGGAGGGCUGCUGCGAAGCAAGUUUCAUCCGUCGCUGCGAUCUGUCAACAUCAUUGAGGUUUGAGGGACUGAAUGCAAACAUCAACUCCCCCUACCAGCUUUGUCCUCACUCUCCCUCCUCAAUCUCCUCUUCUCCCUCGUCAUUAUACUUUCCCCUACUCAAUCUCCUCUCAUCCCUCCCCACCUCCUCAAUCUCCUCUCA